AUGCAGCCACCACCUGCUCCACGCGUGAGGAGCAAAAUGGACUCUUUGCUUUUCAUGCCAGAUUCUAUCAAAACUGCUACGGUGGAAGAACAUGUUGUGAAUGAGCAAGCUUCAUCUGUAGCUCAAACGCAAAAAAGAAAGCCAGGCAUGGAAACAGCUGACAAGGAAAUUCAGGACGAAGUGGAGAUUGAAAAUGUCGAGAGGCCUGUUGAUCUCUAUAAAGCUAUUUUUUCUGAUUCAGAUGAUGAAGAGGAGACGACUACAUCCGAGCAAGUGGAAGACACACAAAAGAAGAUUGAAGUUGCGAACACCACUCUGAAUCGUUUAAUGGCUGGAGACUUUUUAGAGUCAUUGGGGAAAGAACUAGGUUUAAUGGUCCCUCCUGAGAAAAAACCCCUGCCAGAAAAUAAAACUGUUCGAAAAGAAAAUAUCAAUGUCGAUGGAGAAAGUAGCCACUUUUCAAUGUCUGAGAAAAUGUUGGCUGCCCCAAAUUUCGCAGGAAGUUUGACAAAUGUUGAAAAAACAGUUUACACAGCAGCAGAUGAUUUAUCAAGUCCUCAAGUAGGUUCAAACACUGUUGCGUUUCCCAAAACGGGCAUGCAAAAACAUGACAGUAAAGAAAAUCUGAAGAUUUCCCGGGACGAAAAAUACGUUGAUUACUCUCAUAAAACUCGGAAGAGCAACGGUUGGAGUAGCAGUUCUUCUGACGAUGAAAGAGGGAGAAAAAAAUCGAGAAGCCAUGGGCGUAAAAGCAGAAAUUCAGGAAGUGAUACUUCAAAUGAGUCGAGUGAUUAUCGAGAUAGACACCGUUCGAAGUCGAGAAGAAAAGAAAAGGGGAGCUUUCGUGAAAAGAGUAGCAGCAAGAGACAUUCGAAGCAUCACAAACACAGAAGAAAGGACUCUCCCAGUCGAUCACAUCGAGGGUCCGGAAAAGAACAUGAAAGUCGGAAAAAGAAGAAGAGUAAAUAUGACAAAUGA